ACGCGCAUGCGCGCCAUUCACGUUCUCCAGUGUGUGUGUUUGAACGUAUGAAGGUUGAACUGUCAGCUAACCAUAAACGAAUAUUCAGAAUAGUUACUGAAUAUAUUUUGUCAGUACUUCAUGUCUGUCCACAUGCCUUUAUAAUAAAGAAUCGACUGCUUCUUUCGGGAUUUUUGAAAGGAUGGCUGGUCUGUCUAGCUAUGCCCUACGCAUGGCCCGCCUGAGCGCCCGGAUAUUUGGAGAUGUGGCCCGUCACACAGACUCCAAAUCUAUGAAAGUGGUAGAGUUGUUUAAAGAACCCCCGCUGGCCCAGAGAAAAGAAGUGUAUGACUGGUAUCCCCCACACAAGAUCUACUAUUCAAUGACUCAGAAGCUCAGAUUCAUGGGGCUUUUCAGGGAUGAGCACCAGGAUUUCAAAGAGGAAAUGAGGCGCUUGAGGAAACUGCGGGGUAAAGGAAAACCCAAGAAGGGAGAAGGGAAGAGAGCUGCGAAGAAGAAGUAGACCAGCACAUUUCAUCUACUAUUUAUGAAAGGACAUUAUGAAUGGAGAAUCCGAUGAAGAAGCUCUGUACACAAGUAGUACCUGUAUGGACAAUAGGACAUGGUUAUGACUGUGGUGAUAUGUUCUUUUAGCAGAGAUGAUGGUGAAACAAAAACACAAAUGCUGAAUUCACCUUUGGUGUCUGUGAUGGAAAUUAAAUGUUCAUUUUUGUA